CUCUCUUCCUUCUUCUUCUUCAUAUAUCGUCUCUUUCCCUGCAUCUAGAUGCCCUCCAUCCAUGUUCCCCUAGGUCCAUGGUAAUUCGAAAAUAGGAUGUGUGAAUCGGUGAAAAUGUUGAGCUCCUCUUUUGAUUUGCUUUCUCAUGUUAGGCUUCUCAAUGAUUAACUGCUGUACCCAACUAUGAAUCCCGAAAUUUGGAAUGGUGCAUGAUCACUGAAUAUGUUGUGCACAUGAAGUGCUCGACGAAUUGUCACACUAAAAUUCUCACAAUGUGGAUCCUAUCUGUCAGUGAUAAAUAGCCUAAUUUCGAGAGUCUUCACUGUGAAGUAGCUCGCCAGCCCCGUUGAAGGCAAACAACAACCUUGUAUGGCUAUUCCUCUAAUUAGAAGUUUUCGAAGACUUCCGUUACUUUCACUUCGCAGGCCUCUAUCCUCUUCCUCUACCUCGUACACGCCAAUUCUUGGAAACCGAGAAAGCUUUUUGCACUUGUCAAGGUUUGUGCCUCAAAAUAGCUUAAUCCGACUAGGCUCAUGUUGGGACAUGAGGAACUUUAGCCAUGGAAGUGUGAAUUUUGUUAUAACAAAAGAUGGGAAAUCCAAGUUUGAGACACAUGAAGUGGAAGCACCAAAGAAAGAAAAAUGGAAGACAAAGAAGAGGCUGAAGCUGCAAAGGAAGAGAGAGAAGAAGAAGAGAAAUGCUGCAAAUAAGAGGGAUCCAAGAAGGCUUGGUCUAAAGGGGAAGAAGAAGAAGCAGAAGUUUGACACUGCUGAAGAAAGAAUUAAGCAGAAGAUAGAAAAUGCAAAAGUCAAAGAAGCGCUGUUGAUUGAGAGACUAAAGCGAUAUGAGGUUACCAAAGUUCAAGGUCCUGAGGUUAAGCCACACUUCCUCACUGGCGAAGAACGAUUUUUUAUAAAAAAGAUGGGGCAGAAAAGGUCUAAUUAUGUGCCAAUUGGCAGAAGGGGAGUCUUUGGUGGUGUUAUUCUUAAUAUGCAUUUACAUUGGAAAAAACAUGAAACAGUCAAAGUCAUAUGCAAACCUGGUCAAGUCCAAGAAUAUGCCGAUGAAAUUGCAAGACUGAGUGGCGGCAUCCCAAUUCAGAUAAUUGCAGAUGAUACAAUAGUUUUUUACAGAGGAAGAGAUUAUGUGCAACCCGAAAUUAUGUCUCCUAUUGAUACACUGUCAAAGAAGAAGGCAUUGGAAAAAUCCAAAUAUGAGCAGUCGCUAGAGUCUGUGAGACGUUUCAUUGCGAUUGCUGAAAAGGAACUUGAACUCUACUACCGACAUGUCGCCCUAUAUGGUGACCCAAGUAACCGAAGUGCUUACUCCAUCCUUGAUGAUUCAAGAAGCACAAGAGGAAAACGAAAUGCCGAGAUAGGAGAGAACUAUUCAGCAAGCAAAUCUAAUAUGUUGGAUCUUGAAUUGGAAAUUGAUGAUAGUUGUUCUGAUGACAACCAGUCUUUAUAAUUUGAAUUUGAAGAUACCUGAAUAGGAGUUUUCAAUUCAACCUUAGUUCGGAAAUAACUAUACCUCUGUUUUUAUCUGCGUUUUAUCGCAACUUUCUAACGAUAUAAUAUAUGAAGUUGUUAAUUAGCAAGUAGGGGUUU